GGAGCACGCAGCACGGUGAUCGGCGGUGCGCUGUGUCCCUCGGACACAGCGGAUCACCGGUCACGGUAAGAGCCGAAGAUGUCGAAUGGUCAUGUGAUCAGUUGUGUCCAAUCACAGCUGAUCACAUGGGACAUGUACACUGAUCAUCAGGGCACUGAUGAUCAGUGUACUCUGAUGAUCAUUGUAGCCCCAGCAGUGCCACCUGUCAGUGUCCAUCAGUGCCUUGUGUCAGUGUUCAUCAGUGCCAGUGCCCAUCAGUGCCACAUCAAUGCCACAUAUCAGUGCAUACCAUUGCACAUCAAUGCCACAUAUCAGUGCCCAUCUGAGCUGCCUUUCAGUGUCACCCACCAGUGCCACCUAUCAGUGCCGCCUCUCAGUGCCAGUCAGUGCCACCUAUCAGUGCCGCCUAUCAGUGCCAUGUAUCAGUGCUGCCUUUCAGUGCCCAUCAGUGAUGCCUGUCAAUGCCCAUUAGUG